AUGGAAAUUACCCGCGGACUGAGUUUCGUUAUUGUUGUGAAUGUGGUAUGCCCUUACAUGAGUAUGGGCGAAAAUGGGGUGUCGAGGGAAAGGGUGAAAGCCAUCAUUGCUGAGCGCUCUUUAUGUCCGAAACGGCAAUGCCCUGAGUCCUCAACCGAGCGCGACGUCGUCCAAAUUUUCUACCCAGGCGCUACGAGUGUGAUAGAUACAUGCCCCCGUAUCUCGAAACAGUUAAAAUGUUCGCUCUGCUCUAAGCACACAUUUGUAGGAGGUGAUGACCCCAGCAGUGAGGAGCGCAAGGAGAACGAAGGACCAAACGAAGGCGCUGAUGAUGACGUGCUGAGCAUGACUUGA